AUGCUGGUUCCUCUCUGCAGCAUUUGUGUCGUCUCCCUCCUCAGCAUCUUUAUGCCCUGGAUAAAAGCGCUUCAAGAGCCUUCCAUCGCACUCCUCCACUCUGCCAGCACAGCCUCGCGAGACUGCUUCAAGGAGUUUGGUGAGUGGCUACAACUUUCGACAAGAGAUACUGGACAUCGACCUUCUUCUCCUUUGUCCUCGCCUCCUCUGAUCGUAUACCUCCCUACGCCUACUGGCAGCAGCAGCGUCUUGCCGCAGUCUUGGAACGGGACAAACGAUUACAUCCUACUCUCAACUGUCUCGUCACUUGCGACAGUAACCCAGUCCGAGAAAUCACUUAGUCUGGUGACUCCGUUCAAAGUCCAUCCUGCUCAUUUUCCUCCACCACUGCCCCUUGCUAAACGUGGAAGCGUGGUCAAUGAUACAGGUGAGAUUUUUACAGAGGAAUUGAUUAUUUCGAAUGAGGGGUUGCCAUUGUUUCUUGGACUGGUGGGUUCGAUCCUUGUGUCGUUUCAUUUAGUGGUUUACGUUUCUUGGAAGAGGGAGAUGGCGAAGAUGAGAAAGGCUGCGGAGGAGAAGAUGAUUCCAAAACCCAUGGAGGAUCUCAGCAAGGCUAAAAUUGUGCUUGACAAGGAAAAGGAUUCAUAUCUAGGGGAGGUUCUGGAUGGUCUCGACACGAUAUCCAAGGAGCCAGAGACCAGCAGCGAAGCAAAUAUCAGUAUAGUGAGAGACUCUUCAUCUGCGCCAAAGAAGCCGAUCCCGGUCAAAUGGGGGACGGUGCGCAAAUCAGAAUCCGAAUCAACAUGCGGUGGUGCUCUUCCGCGCGCUCCUGCUGUUGAUCCCUCGGCCGUGGUGCUACAGCCCCCAUUCGAGGCGAAAACGAAGUCGCAUUCUGAUAUUAGCAAUCAACGCGUCAGAGGCCCUGCAGUCGCCAACGACGCUCGACCUGCACUACGACAAUCAGACAACGGUGGCCGCCCGGUAAACAUACAGGCUACUACUCGUCGUCCCUCGACCACGGGGAGUCAGCCCGAGACAUCAAUCGUCGCGGGCAGGACACACUCGAUUCUGGCGCCGACUGCUCCGUCCGCAGCAACAGCAACAGCAACAGCAGGGGUCGAGGUGUUGUCCUCCCUUCAGACGGAAUCACCGCAGACGGACCAGCCAACUCGUCGACGAAAGAACAGGAUGGGACAACGGCAACGGCGGCGGUUGCGUGAGAUGCGCGAGAAGUACGGAUGGGAUUCACCCCUAUUGCAAGGGGAGGAAAAGGAAUAG